CACACACACACACACGGGAGCACCCAUGUAUACUGCCUGUCUGGCGGGAAAUCGACGAUAAUAUUGAGUCAUAUUAUGUAAUAUAAAUUGCUCGACGAUAUAUACACACAUAUAUAGAUACACACACACAUAUAUAGAUAUACACUCACAUAUAUUAUAUACAUUCAUACUUAAUGUAAAAGGCAGGAAUACGCAAGAGUAGGAACAUCUUUAAUCAUUAAUCUUGCUCAGUCAGGACUGACCUUGGUCUACAGCGGCCUAGUGUGUGAUUUUGAACAGCCCUUAACCCUCUACAUUCGACAUAUUUUUGGUACUGCUAGCGAACAGUGGUCUCGGUGCGCGCAGUCGCGUACUCGCGCAUCCCACAACGACUACCUAGCAAAGUAAAUAAAACACCAAAAACACAAAAUAAAUAAUUUAUUAAACAAAGUAAAUAACACACAAAAACACAAAGGAUCGACUAGUCACGACUAGCUAGCACGGAUACGCGAGUGCGUGCACCGGAACCACUGUUCUCAAGUAGUACCCAACAUAUUUUGACCCACUCUCCUCCUCCACCUCCUCCUUACAGAAGUAUCCACCUCGCAUCGCCCGCACCUCCAGGAUGUGACCCUGGUCUACGAUUACGUUGAUAAGGAAGCGGCCACGACAAGGGAGAUAACUCUACGUCCUUCGCCAACUCUUACACAAUUUCCCCCUCCAAUGACAUAAAACACGUCGACGGGCACCUGCCGAAACUUCUACGCUUUAUGCUUCGCCACGGAAAGCAAGGCUCGAAUCAACUUAACCUCUCACCCGUACAACAACCGUACCAAAACAUGGCCCAUAAAGGUCAGACCGGUUCUUUCGAAGUAAGUGUCUGCUACCAAGAGAGAACGAAUAGUUUACUGGUCGGUAAUAAUAUGACCGUUAGCAGUUUCCUACCCAUCGCAGUUAAUUUUUUCUUGCACAAAACGGAAUCCAUCGAGAAAUACAAGAUUAUUUACGCUGGUUCUGUCUUAAAGAACGAAGUAUUGUUAAAGGAUUUACAGCUUUGCACUUCAAGUGUUUUGCACAUGGUGAAUACGGAAAAGAAAAACCAUUUGAGCUCACAAAAUGAGAGUAAAGAGUACAGCUAUUACGUCUACUGCUACGAAUGCAAAGACAUUGCAUCAGCCCAGCUGAGGAUCAAAUGCCAGCAGUGUGGCCAGUGCCAAAGGUUCCUCAUCGACAAACAACACGUGAGUAGUUUCACUUUCGCUUUCCUCUCUUUUAUUACUACUACUGCAUUUAGCCAUUCUGCUUGCUUCAUUAUUGCUUUUUUGUCCAUUUAUUGUUUGUCUUUUCUUGUUCUGUUACGUCUCGAUCCCAUUUCACGCCAAGUGCUCGCCAGUCGUCAGCAGAAGGGAAACAAUAUUAUCGUUAAAGGUGCGAAAUUGCGUUUGACCCUCUGA